AUGGCUUUUGGGGGCCAAUUGACCAAGCGACAAAGAUCAAAGUUAGAUACACACGAUGGCUCCUUAGAAUUCCUUGAGCUUCCCGCCACAUCUUCUUCAAGGAAACGCCAUCAAACUGAAGAGGAGUUGGCGCUCAAGAGGAGUGAAAUCACUCGUCGACGUAAGAAUCAAUCCGCUCAGCGUGCCGAGCAGGAUAAACUUGAUACCAUCAACAGAUUGCUCAAAAAACAGGCUGGGAAGCGCAAGAAAGGUGCACAAGAUGAUGAUGAAGGGGGCGAAGAUACCAAAAAGAAUGAGGCUGACAAUGACGAAGCAACAAUAACUCGAAAUCGGUAUAUGACGCCCACAAGUUAUCUAAGAAAACCUAUCAUACCUUUGAAGGAGCCUGCAUAUCCAGCGGCACGAGGCAAGUGCUCUGUGACUGAAUGUGAUCAGCAAUGGAAAUACCGAGGAAUCAAAAGCAAGAAGGUUGCAUGUGGGCUUAAACACUUAAAAAUGAUCGAGGCAGGAGUAUAA